UUCGCUGCCCUGUUUCUCUGAGCGAUAGUCCCGAGGGAAGCAGACGCUGAGCUCCGAGAUAGAGAGAGAGACGAGAGAGGAUGGAAGAGAGAAAAUGGCAAUGACGGUUUGUAGGGCAGACAUUUUGCUAAGAGGUGGGAAGUGAAGGAAAGACAGACAUAGGCAAGAGAAAAAGAGUAAAAGAAAGUGAGGACAAAUAGAAGGAAAACGGGAGGUGAGAAGAAGUAAAGAGAAGAGGCAAAAAGGAAAGUUACAGGGGAAAAAAAGAGAGCAACAGAAGCAACGAUAGGUUGACCUGUCACCAUGACAACCGAAGCGGGCUCUGAGACGGAGGUGAAGGAGAAAGCCGAGGAGUCAGCCGCUCAGCCGGACCGAUCAGAGAAGGCAAAGGAAGAAACCCAGGAAGUACCCAACGCUGAGGGAGAGGAGAAGGAAAAAGAGAAGGAGAAAGAGGGGAAAGAGGGAAAAGGAAUAGCUCGAUACCUGCCAACAUGGCUUAAGAAGCAGAAGUCUCAGAGCCAGACCUCGCCGACCAAGGAGGGCCCACCCACAGAGGAAGCGGUCAGCAAGGUGACACAGGAAGAGGACGGGCCUGCCCCAGAAGUCAACGGUCACGCAGAGGAAGAGGAGGAAGAGGAGGAAGAGAAGGAAGAGAAGGAGGCAGUAAAGUCGGAGCAAGUGAAGGAAAAAGAAGCAGAAUCUCAUUCCACCGCCAGCGCAGACACUGAGCCUGCCAAGGAGGAGAAGGUGGAAGAGAGUGCUGAGAAAGCUGCAGACGAGACCACGGUGACAACAGAGGGAGAGGGGGCAGAGGAGCAGAAGAAGGAGCAAGAAGGAGAGGAGGAAGGAGGAGGAGGAGGAGGAGGUGGAGAAGAAGAAGAAGAAGAAGAAGGCCACACCUCAAUUUUCCAGUCUCCUCUUCGUCUGGUGAGGAAGACCAAGAUGAAGCUGAUGGCUUGUCACGUGGCCCUCCUGGACGGGACCGACUUCACCUGCGAGGUGGAGAAACGUGCCAAGGGCCAGUACCUGUUCUUUAAGGUGUGUGAACAUCUUAACCUGAUGGAGAAGGACUACUUUGGACUCUCAUACACAGACAGCCACGAACAGAAGUGCUGGUUGGAUCCCACUAAGGAAAUCAAGAGACAGAUACGCAGUAACAACUGGCAGUUUGUAUUCAACGUCAAAUUCUACCCGCCCGACCCCUCACUGCUCACUGAAGACAUUACCAGAUACCUGUUGUGUCUGCAGCUCCGUGAAGAUGUGGCUUCGGGUCGACUGCCUUGCUCUUUUGUCACUCACGCUCUGCUGGGGUCAUACACAUUGCAGGCUGAAGUUGGUGACUAUGAACCCGACCAGCCUCGGCCUCUGGACAACGUCAGUCAGCUGACCUUUGCGCCCAAUCAGAGCAAAGAGAUGGAGGAGAAAAUUCUUGAACUCCACAAGUCUCACAGGGGAAUGACACCAGCACAGGCCGACACACAGUUUCUAGAAAAUGCCAAGAAACUGUCCAUGUACGGGGUGGACCUGCACCAUGCUAAGGACUCUGAGGGUGUGGACAUCAUGCUAGGCGUGUGCGCCAACGGACUCCUGGUUUACAAAGACAGGCUCCGGAUAAAUCGUUUCGCUUGGCCCAAAAUACUCAAGAUUUCAUACAAGAGGAACAACUUCUACAUUAAGAUCAGGCCAGGAGAGACGGAGCAGUUUGAGAGCACGGUGGGAUUCAAACUCCAGAAUCAUCGAUCUGCCAAAAGGCUGUGGAAAGUCUGUGUGGAGAAUCACAGUUUCUUCAGGUUAAACGCUCCAGAACCUCCCACCAAGGCCCGCUUCUUGACUCUGGGCUCCAAGUUCCGUUACAGCGGGCGCACCCAGGCACAGACCCGCGUGGCCAGCUCCCUCAUAGACCGACCUGCACCCAACUUUGAACGCACCUCAUCCAAACGUAUCAGCCGCAGUCUGGAUGGAGCGCCGGUGAUCAACAUAACUGAAGCCUCAUCCGAGAACGGACGUGAGCCCCACCUGGAGCUCCAGUCUGACUCUAAGGUUAAGGAGGUGGACUUGAGCCCUAGUGAUGCGGAAGCCACGCCCACCCAGUCCCUUGGAGCCAGUGAGCUCGCCCUCUCUCAGGACCAUGAUAAGACCCAGGAAGAUGUUCUGAAACACCAAGCUAGCAUUAGCCAGCUAAAACGCUCCUUUAUGGAGGCGCCACCUCCCUCUCCUCCUCAGCCCAACCAGUGGGAGAAACGUCUCACCUCCUCUCCCGCUACAACGAUACGUAUUCAACAGCAACAGCAUGUGAGCCUUGAAGAGGAGAUCGCUUCUGUACUUUUCAGUAGAGGCUCUGGCUUUUGUUCAGCUCCUUCUGCCUGCAGUAUUGCUGAACCAACUCUAGAUGCUGAUAUAACCACUUCUACUACUUCCACUGCUGUCUGCAGUAGCGCUGCUCUGCAUGGGCUUCCUAUUUCCCCAACUGCUCCACUCUCUGCCACUGAGGAGAGUGUGCCUCAAGCGGAAGCAGCUGCUGCUGAUAACACGAUGUCUGAUACCAAAGAACCUGCAAAGACAACCGAAGUUGAAAUUGAAGAAACCGUUGUCGUCCAAGAGGUUUCCAUAGCACCCAAACCUGGGCUUGUCACGGUUACGGCCAGCUCCCCUGCUGACCCGCCUGCAGAGCAGGAAACAAGAGAGCAGGAAGUGACCGUCGAGGAAGAGGAAGUAGUGGUAGCGGAGGAAGCAAAAGUGUCAAAGCAGGAGAGCGUUUCAUCUGAGAGCGAGAGUGAAGAGGAAGCGGAGUACCAUCCAAAUGUCUCCGUAUCCAUCUGUCACACACAAAUACCAGAGGAGAAGGAAGAGGAGGAAGAGCAGGAGGAGGAAGCAGAGGAUAAGACGGCGGCGGAGCAGGGCAUGUUGCCACCAGACGCUCCUUCCCUUCCAGCAGAGGUCAGCCAAGCUGUAGAGGCAACCAGUCAAGAGGCAGAAGAGGACUUAGAGGCAGAGAAGAGCAAGAAUGCAGAGGAGGAGAAAGAAGCUGAGAGGGGGAUGGAGGAACGCACCGGUGAUCCAAUGAUGACACCUGAGGAAGCUCCUAACGGCCACGCCCUGCCUGAGGAGAGCGCCAAAGGGAUGGUCGCCUCUGCAGAGGAAGAGGAAGAGCCUACAAUGAACGGAGAAGCCUCACUGGCUGAAGCAGAACCCCGGCCACAGGUUAUUUGUUGCUCUGAGCCACCUGUGGUAAAGACAGAAAUGGUGACUAUAUCAGACACGUUUGCAGCCCAGAAAACUGAGAUAGCUACAAAAGAAGUGCCCAUCGUACAUACGGAAACCAAGACCAUCACAUACGAAGCCGCACAGUUGGAUGGUAAUAGUGAUGGCGAGCCUGGAGUGUUGAUGACCGCUCAGACAAUCACCUCUGAAUCUCUGUGUACUACUACAACCACACACAUUACCAAGAUGUUAAAGGGCGGCCUAUCUGAGACAAGGAUCGAGAAACGCAUAGUCAUUACUGGUGACUGUGACAUCGACCACGACCAGGCACUGGCCCAGGCCAUUAAGGAGGCCAAAGAGCAACAUCCUGACAUGUCUGUUACCAGAGUGGUGGUUCAUAAAGAAACUGAACUGGCUGAGGAGGAGGAUUGACUGAACUCAGAGUUGAAGGGCCCAUCGUGACGGUUUUCUCUGUUGACGUUGAACGACCUCCAUCACCCUACGACAACCAACCUUUACUGGCUGAAGAGGAAGAGGAGAAGAGCUGAAAAACGGAAGGCGAAAGAGGCUAGACAAACGGAGAGAAGUUGCCAAUCUCUUCCCAGUUGGUCUUUCUUAGACGUCUGUGGUGCAUCUAAAUCCGUCACUCCAAAACCAAGAAAAAAAAAAAAAUAACAUCCUCACUUUUUCCCAAGGGAACGAAAAAGAACCACUUUGUUAGCUUAACAUUUGUAGCGUGUUUUUAUUUCUUAUUUCUUAAGUGUUUUUUUUUUUUUUAACGGUUUUACAAAAAGCGAUAGUGUCUGUCAUGUAUUGCAAACUUAAAAGCUGCAGGGAUGCACCUCUCCAACCAAUCCUGAUGAGAUACAAGGCUGAAAAAAUGAUUAUUGUAUCAUUGUACUGAUUAUUUCACCAGUAACGGUGACCUUCAAUAACUUAUUCACUCACUCAAAAGUCAAAGGAAAUGGAGCUUUUUUUUUUUUUUUUUAAAUGCUCGCGAUCUCAAAUAGAGAACGCUUUUAUCUUCCAUCAUUCCUGUUAAAAAGUAAUUCAUUUGACACUAAAGUUUUGUACUUCUGUUUAGUAUCAGCAGUGGAAAGUGGUAUUGCUGCAUUCCUUAAAACAAAAACAAAAGUAAUUUGUUAAACUACAGCUCCCUCCCUCAUUUCAUUAUGGUGUAAAUGGAGAGUAACCCAAUGUAACACAGUCAUUUCAAAAUGUUUACAGUGACAAGUAGGACUGCAGGAAACGGAGACAAGCCCUGUUUUUUUUUUUUGUUUUUUUUCCCAAAGCGUAACAAAAUCAAACCAUAAAACCCAUCCACAGUGGGAUGAGUGGUAGAACCAGCUGUGUCACAUUAUCACAUUUUGUUACUAACAAUUACAGAAAACGGGGAGCUGUAACUUAAAGUAUUGCAGUAAAAAAAACAAAAAAAACAAUCAACCAGGUUUUUCAAUUUAUGACGAUGAUCUGUCUUUUUUUUUUUUUCUGUAAGUAUAGUUAUCAUUCAUCCACAUUCCUUGUGUGUUGACUAGUGGCUGAGUGAGUUCAUUUUCAGUUCACUUCACUUUUUACUCGACUCUAAGAAAAGAAGACAUUGUUCAUUAACAGGUGGGAAUGAAUGGAAUCUUAAUUGGGUCAGUGGGUUUGAUGUGAAUUAAGCUCGAGAAGCCAAAUGAAAUUGAAAGGUGAAAUUAAUUCUUCGUGAUAUAUUUGUAUGUUUUACUGUAUUUUAGAAUUCCUUUUUUUUUUUUUUUUUUUUUUACGAAAUUGACUGAAAAUGAACUGACUUUAAAGCUGGUGUAUACACCUUUUCGUACAGUAAAAAUGAAGGUUAUUAGAUGGGAGCAGUAAUGCAGCUUUUCACUAGCUAAACGCUGUCCCUGGGCCCGCCCACUGUACGACACUAGCCAUUCCUAUUGGGCCACAGGGAAGCAAGGGAGCAGUAAACGGACUUUUGAUUGGGAGAGAGGACCAGUAAACUGAAGGACAAAUGGGAGAUAGAGGUGGCGCGGUCUGUGUAGUGCCAACUAACGUACAACUUGGGAGCGAAAAAGAAUUCGAUGCAUAUUGGCAAGUUUCACUCACUCAUGGUGUUCUCCAUCCUGAAGUGAGUUAAAGCGGUUUUAAUAUUCUUAGGACAAUGCUUAAAACACAACCUGCGAUUCAAGCAAAGGUACCAAAAUGAGGACAUACAGUUGGAACAACUUGAAAAACUGUCCCAAAUUCAGAACGAUGGAAUUUCUACCAGUUUGCUAACCCUGCAUCAGAGCCUGUUUGUCGUCAUAGUUCAGCACUUAAUUUCACUCUGACACUUGUUUUCCUACCAGAUUAGAUAAUGCCACAAACAAACCUGGCUAGAUAUAAUGAAAUCAAUUCAGCAUGUCUUCACGCAUUUUCUAUCUUGCAGGAGUAUCUUGAGCAUGUCUAGAUAGAAGGCUACUGUGUUGAUUGCUUUGAAAGUGUGUAGAUAACCGAUUCUCUCGGCUCAUACAGCGCGUCUAGAUAAGAUUAUCAUACACCUGACGCCGGCUGUGUUGUAACUGUUUCAUUGCAGCCAAAUAUUCUUCAGCAUUGAAGUGAUUUUACACGUUUUUGACCCAUUUUCAAAAUUACAUUCAGUCGUAUCCUACAUUUUUCUACCACAUACACUCUGAAUCUGCCAGUACACUACAAACGCACACGGAAACAGUUACAACAUAACAGUAAAAAUGCAGCUUAAAGGGAAGUGUAUCCGAGGGUUUGAAGUGCUCUUGAAACCCCUAAAUGGAAUCUUGUGAUGUUUUAUUCAUUUUUCGGUGUCCUUUUACCCAAAUCUUCUACAAAAAUGUGACUUUGUGUAAAUAUGGGUGGCAUUAAAUGGGUUGGAAUAAGGUGCUUGGUCUUAACGCAUUUAGUCGACACAGAUUUUCAGUGUGAGCUUCGAAAAACAAAAACACAUUAAUCCUGAAAUGUAACUGAUUGUAAGCAAAGAAGUGCCACAGAUUAAUAUGAAAACAUUCCACCUGUACCUGCCUAGAUUUGUCUUGACCCUCCAGCCUGACGGGACAGAGAGGCAUUUUAAAUUGGAGUCAUUUCUCUUUCUUUUUUUUUUUUUUUAAAUUAAGAAAUAUUAACACACAUUCCCCACUUUUGAAAUGGUAUGCACCUCCUAAUUUAAGCCCAGUUUCUUUCUGGACUGAGGCACGCCCAGACGAUGGAGCGGUAAUGACUGUGUAGGCUUUCUAUUGGUCACACUGGUCUAACCUCUACUAUGCAGUUAAAUGACAUUCCAGAUGAGGGGGAAGCUUUAACCUCGAACCCUCUUGCAAAGAGACAAAGCAGCAGAAAAAUAUUAACCAUGCAACACUAGGUAGCUUUGGAAGCUUUUGUUGUUCCAAAAAAAAAAAAAAAACCUUUUAAAAACAUCUGUUAUAUCACAACAACUACAUUUGAAGAUUUUCUCUGUGAAACUGAUGUAGUUGUUGAAAGGUGGGAUUUAUUGUGCGCCUUCUUGGACAUUUUUAAUAUCGUCACAGUUUUGACAUUGAAGGAUAACCACUACAAAUCAAAUUUUCUGCCACCAUUUUUUUUUUUGUUGUUGGUACUUUUAGCUCCAGGUUUAACCUCUUUUCGAAGGUCUGGGCUCUGUUUUAUCCAAUGACGGGAGCUUUGAGGGCUGCGAGGUCUGGUUUUUCAAAAUGUUGGUAGCGCUGAGUUUUAUUUGUUAAUCAAAAAAUACCACAAAUGAGUGUCUUGCCAUCAAUAACUUUUAUUAAGAUAGAAAACAGCACAGACAGACCGUUGAAAGUUUUCAGUGACUACCGUGGCAACUCCAUAAUGUCACUCCAAGCAACUGAUGAUGAUUCUGAGCCAGCUGAUGUUAAAAAAUUGUCAGGGAUCUCAACAUGCUAACAUUAUGGAGGGCAGUGUUACGUGGAAAACCAACAAUAAUAACAUCCGUUGGCUGAUUAAGUAGAUGUUUUAAAAAGCAAAUGAUAAUUGGACUGCCUUCUUUACAGUUAUAUCUCAGGCUUUGUACCACAGAUGAGACAGAUACCAGCACCAUUUUGUAUUUUAACUUUACUUACCUAACUUAAAACUUCCAACAAAAACUUUGUAAAGAAACACAUUUUGAAAAACCAACCACAGCUGCUGCCUCAUCGUUCCCUCUUCAGUCAACAAAUGAUCACCGGUAGGGUUUUUCUAUCUAGCAGCUUGAUUGUCUUGUGUCUCCCCCCCCCUCCCCCUCACACAGCCACUUGUCCCCUGUGUAACACUGUUUAAAUAAAGGAUUGUUAUACUCUGAAAA